CCCAACCUCAAACCCAAACCCAACCCCAUCCCCCUUCAGUCGACAGUCAAGUCUGCCCAACCCCCUUCUUCUAUUUGUUCUCCUUUCUAACCAGUCACGACAGCCACCACACCAACAGGCACCAGCGGCCAGCCCAGUCUCUUCUGACUCUCCGUCGGCCACAACACCUCUUCUAAUUCUCUGACUCUCCAUCGAGGGGGUGCAUCUCUUGCUCUCCGACUCCUCCACUAGCUUCUUUCCUCCAUUUCUUCAUUCCUCUUUUUGUUUUCUUAUUUGUUCCUGUGAGCUUCCUCUCUGAGACCCAAAAUUGUUUUUUAUUUGUUUUAUUUGCUUUAAUUUACAAAUUCUUUUUUAUAAAAGAACUCCAUGCUGUAAUAUUUGUUUUCGCUUUUGAGGCCCCAUAUAACCAUUGUGGUACAAUUCCGUUAUCGUUCAUCCAUGCUGCCAAAAUUUGUGAAAGUUUGACAUUAGUGCUGAAAUCAAAUCAGUUGGUGACAGGAAUACAAUAGGCAACUGGGGUCUCAUAAGGGUAUUAUGGAUCAAAAGAGUGACCAUUUUGGUCCAAAAUGAAAAGGUUGAAAUUGGUUAACAGUUGCAGUCAUAACUGAUUUAGGAGGGAAAAUGCUCUUAUUAUUGCAAAUGAAGGAAUCUAGUCAAGUUAUUCAACUUGCAAAAACUAAUCUCUCCCUUUAUCUCUUUGUGGCUUACAAAUCGUCCAGCUUAUCUCCUUUAGCCUCUGAACUAAAAACUGAAAUUGACAGAAUCACCAGACUCAUCAAUGACCAUCCAUUUCCUGAUGAACCACUUCAACCUACCCUUCUCCGUCAUAUCCCACCUGUUUCCCUUUCCCCAUCUUUUGUGGAGAGUGUUCUUGGUCGACUCUUUGCAGCACACUCAAAUGGACUGAAAGCCUUGGAGUUCUUCAAGUAUUCCAUCCACCAUUCUCAGCUUACUCCAAGUGUGGAUGCUUUUGAAAAGACACUCCACAUUCUCACACGCAUGCGCUAUUUUGACAAAGCUUGGGAAUUGAUGAUAGAAAUGCGACAUACGCAUCCUUCCCUGCUUAGCCUUAAAUCAAUGAGCAUCAUGUUGGCAAAAAUUGCAAAAUUCCAAUCCUAUGAAAAUACCCUUGAAGCAUUCAAAAAGAUGGAGACUGAGGUUUUUGUUUGGAGGAAUUUUAAUACGGAUGAGUUCAAUGUGCUCCUUCGAGCUUUUUGCUUGCAGAGGGAGAUGAAAGAGGCCAAAUCGGUAUUCCAGAAGAUGCAUUCUCGAUUUUCUCCUAAUAUCAAGACCAUGAAUAUUCUGCUUUUGGGAUUCAAGGAAUCAGGCAAUGUUACUGCAAUGGAACUUUUUUACCAUGAAUUGCUUCGAAGAGGUUUCAGGCCUAACAGUAUGACAUAUAACAUUCGGAUCGAUACUUACUGUAAGAAGGGAUUUUUUGGGGAUGCUUUGCGACUUCUUGAAGAAAUGGAACAGGUGCACUGCUUACCUACACUUGAAACAAUCACUACUUUGAUUCAUGGUGCUGGCCUUGCACGAAAUACUCCAAAGGCUAGGCAGUUGUUUGAUGAAAUUCCUAAAAGGAAUUUACAGCAUGAUAUUGGAACUUAUAAUGCUAUGAUCGGUUCUCUGAUUAGGUCCGCAGACAUAAAUUCUGCCAUUGAGUUGAUGGAUGAGAUGCAGAGGAAGCAGAUUGAGCAUGAUGGUGUGACAUAUCAUACAAUGUUUUUAGGAAUGAUGAAGUUUAGUGGCAUUGAAGGAGUUUGUGAGCUAUACCAUAAAAUGACAGAGAGAAAUUUCAUUCCUAGGACCAGAACAGUGGUUAUGCUAAUGAAAUUUUUUUGUGAAAAUCAAGAUUUGGAUUUGGGUUUAAAUUUGUGGGAUUAUUUGGUACAGAAAGGGCAUUGUCCUCAUAGCCACGCAUUGGAUCUUUUGGUAACAGGAUUAUGCUCCCGAGGACGGUUGCAAGAGGCAUUUCAAUGCUGCAAACAGAUCUUGGAGAGAGGAAGGCAUAUGAGUGAAUCAGUUUAUCGUAUGAUGCAGAGAUUUUUAAAGCAGUAUGAUGAGAUGGACAAGUUGAUGGAGCUCAACCGGAUGAUAAUGAAACUGCAAUCUGUUUUGCCUCCAUCUGGUGGGAAAGCUAUUGGUUGCACAUGCUGAGUUCUAAAAGUAACAAUGUUUCGUGCAAAAUAUAUAGAAGCUGGAUUCAUUUUAUCCUAGUUGGUUGACAUUAUUUCUUAUCUGCUACAGCUCGUUGAAUUUGAUGAUAGAAAUUGUUUCUUCAAAGAUGGAUAUUCAAGUUCCACUGCAAGAGAUUUGCUCCAAAGGUUUUCCCCAAGGAUGUGAUGCAGUCAUGCGAAGCUUGCUAGUGGCAACAUUUGGGGGAUGUUGAAGAUACUUGUUGAAUAGUUUCUUUUCUUCGAAGGAGUAAAAGUUUGACUGUCUAAGAUCGAUUUACUUGACCGUGCAAAGUUAUGAGGGAAAUUUUAUUAAGCCAAUUAGUGCACCCUUGUCCCCUUGGAUUUAUAUUCAAAUAACAAAAUCAUGUAUGAAUUUAAACUCAAAUACCAUUGAAGCUAUUGUAGCCCUUUAGAAACGACCUGAAAAUGUGUAUGAAUUUAUACUCAAAUACCAUUGAAGCUAUUUUAACCCUUGUAUGAAUAAUUCAGAGUAUCUUGCUAGAUUCUGGCGUAAAC